ACAGCCUUCUUGUGGCCCAGGAUCGUGUGACUGACUGUACAGCUCCAGCUCCAUCACGAUCCACCAUGAAUCGCCAACUGAACUUCAGGUCCGGCAGUGACAAGGGCAGCUUCAGUGUGCUUUCUGCCGUGGUACCAUGGAGACCCAUGGGCAGUGUGGCUGCUUGCCAGGCAGCUGGCCACAGGGCUGGGUCUGGCUUCAGCAGCAGGAGCCUCUACAGCCUUGGAAGGAAUCGGCAGGCAACCUUCAAUGUGGCAGGCGGCAGUGCUCGGGCCGCAGGGCACAGCUUUGGGCAUAGCUCUGGGUAUGCAGGGACUCGGGCGAGUGGCUUUGCCAGCAGCAUGUUUGGUAGCAUGGCCCUGGGGCCCACUUGUCCAUCUACGGGUCUGCCUGGCGGCAUCCACCGCGUUACUGUCAACAAGAGCCUGCUGGCCCCACUCAACGUGGAGCUGGACCCGGAGAUCCAGAAGGUGCGCGUGCAGGAGCGGGAGCAGAUCAGGGCUCUGAAUGACAAGUUUGCCUCCUUCAUCGACAAGGUGCGCUUCCUGGAGCAGCAGAACCAGGUGCUGCAGACCAAGUGGGAGCUGCUGCAGCAGCUGGACCUGAACAACUGCAAGAACAGCCUGGAGCCCAUCUAUGAGGCCCACAUUGGCAGCCUUCGCAAGCAUCUGGAUGCGCUGUCUGGGGACGGGUUAAGGUUGGACUCGGAGCUGAGGAACAUGAGGGAUGUGGUGGAGGACUACAAGAAAAGGUAUGAGGUGGAGAUCGCCCGACGCACAGCAGCGGAGAAUGAGUUUGUGUUGCUUAAGAAGGAUGCAGAUGCAGCCUACACAGCCAAGGUGGAACUUCAAGCCAAAGUGGACUCUCUGGACAAAGACAUCAAGUUUCUCAAGUGUCUGUACGAUGCGGAGAUUGCUCAGCUCCAGACUCACGCCAGUGACACCUCUGUCAUCCUGUCCAUGGACAACAACCGGGAUCUGGACCUUGACAGCAUCAUUGCUGAGGUCCGUGCCCACUAUGAGGACAUUGCCCUGAAGAGCAAGGCUGAAGCCGAGACGCUGUACCAGACUGAGAUUCAGGAGCUGCAGUUGGCGGCUGGCUGCCAUGGGGACAACCUGAAACACACCAGGAAUGAGAUGUCGGAGCUGAACCGGCUUAUCCAGAGGAUCCGCUGUGAUAUCGCUAGCGUGAAGAAGCAGUGCUCCAACCUGGAGACAGCCAUCGCUGAUGCCGAGCAGCGAGGUGACUGUGCUCUCAAGGAUGCCCGGGCCAAACUGGAUGAGCUGGAGGGCGCCCUGCAGCAGGCCAAGGAGGAGCUGGCCCGGAUGAUGCGGGAGUACCAGGAGCUGAUGAGUAUGAAGCUGUCACUGGACAUCGAGAUCGCCACCUACCGCAAGCUGCUGGAGGGCGAGGAGUGCAGGAUGUCUGGUGAGAACCCAUCCUCUGUGAGCAUCUCUGUCAUCAGCAGCAGUUACGGUUCCUACGGUUAUCAUCCAAGCUCCAUGAGCUCUGACUUUGGGGCUGACAAUGCAGCUGGCAGCCCCGGCACCCCUCGAAACAACCAGGCCAAAAAGACCAGAGGAGCAAGAGACAUCAGGGACUCCCAGGACAAGAGCACCGCUGUUGGUACCCUGGCCAAGAAGACUACUUGAUGAAGCCGCCACCCCACUCACCCCAGUGUCUAGAGGAAGAAUGACUUCGCUGCUGCCCAGAGAUGCCCAUCACCCUUGACCUAUCCACUAUCCACUUCAAGUUCUGAGUGACACAGUCAGUCUCCCCGGGUCAGCAGGUCCCAUGGGAGCUUCUGACUUUUCUUGCCUUCAGUUUGCAGGAGGCUCUGGAAGCUCAAGCCAUCGUCUUCUUGAGCUAAGGAGGCUAUGAUCAGACAGAGGGAGGGGAGAGGAAGAAGGUGGAGAGAAAGGAGGUAUAUGGAGGUCAUUUCUCUAUCAUCUGGAUUUUUUGCCCUUCUCAGAGUGGGUGGGACUUCUGGCAGUCUUUCUCUGUCCCAUUGGGCAGGCCACUGUAGAGUGACUGGGUGGUUCAGGACAAAGAUGUGCAUGUUUGCAGAUGCCCCACGAGCUCCUAUUCACAGAGCCACGUGGAAGAGAUUUUUUUUUUACCCCCUCAAGCUGUCACCUUUAUUAGCAACAAUAGCCACUUCCAUCUGCCAAGCCCCACUAUGUGCCAGGCUGUCAGGAGCUGCUGGCAUGUGUGGCCUCUAGUUCUGACCUAACCCUGCAGAGAACACACAAGCCACAUCUUUGGGACAUAGGGGGACGCUGUUUCUCAGAGUGGCUGAACUAGCCCACAUGCCUCCAAGCCAGUGCAAGCCUGGCAGGCUGCAGGGCUCAUGAUGUUUUGCUGGUAUGUCAAAUCACCCCCGGUUUUAGAGAAAGCAUGUCAAGGUUACAGUCCUCGAUAAGGGCAGUUGAUUAUGCUGGCUUUUGUGAAGAUGGUGGCUAGUUUUGGUCCCUGGACCUCUCUCUAGGCCUGUGAUCUCCAGGACUUUACGACUCUAGAGUGCCAUUGCGGUAAGCUGAGUCCAGUGGGUGGACUUAAUCUUGCCUCUGGGUGGUCCUACCCAGCCUGAAGUCAGGGCUUACUGUGUGAAGGCUGGAGCCACCUUGUCCCUCCCUUGCAUGGUCUAAGGACUCUAAAUUUCUGCUGAAUGUGCAGUAAACUGCACAUUGGAGCAAUGUCAGAGGUACACUUCUGUCAGCCUGUCAAUCUCUCCAAAUGUUCCACUGUCUAAAGACAGGGUGACCCACCUGUACAUGUGCACAGCCUACUGCAUAGCUGGAGGUCAACCCAGGGGACUCCUCAAGAGGUCACUUCAGGCUGCUGGGAGAGACAGAAACACUCAAAGCCAUGCACGUGUGCCUCUCACAUCAUCUACAAAAAUGAAUCAAAUGUAUGCAACAGCUAAAACUAUAAGACUCCUAGAAGAAAAUACAAGGGUAAAUUUGUACAACUCUAGGAUGGGGAGUGGAUUAGGCAAAAUGGAUAAACCAUUGAACUUCAUGAAUGUUCAAAAAAAUUAAAAAAUCUUUAAAAAUAA